AUGGCAGGUUCUUUUGGGAGGAAAGCGUCCACACCGUCCAAGGGAUUCUCCGCCAAACCCUCGUCCGCCAAACGAAAUAGAAGUAUAACGACCUUCUUUCAAAAGACCGAUGGCCCGCCCGGAGCUACUUCGCACCAAUCCCGAAUUACACAAUUUGUGACUGCCUCACAAUCCCCGAGCAGCGGCCGCGGAACCCCAACCUCCCAUAAUGGAACCGGCGUCCGAAACGACUCGGGUGGACUAUUCCUGGAAGAUAGGAAGGGUCUUACCAGGAUAGACAAAGGUGCUGCUACGGACACGAGCGAACGAACGCGAUCACGAACGCCUGACGAUAUUUGGGGUGACGAGACCGAAACCUCGGAUGCCGACGAGCUACGAUACCACGAGAAAGCUUCGUCUGUCAAACGUCAAAAGGUCGAAUCUCCGGAGGCGCCGGUCGAUAUUCCACGACUAGAUGUAUCGACAACGCCCAAAGACUCGGUAUCGGCGAAAAAGACGAACAAAGGACCAUUUAUCGACGAGUCCGAUAGCGAAGAUGACAUGGAUGCCUACCGUGAUUUGAACGAGGCAUCACCUGCACCAAGUGAAACGAAUAAUGGAACACCAUCUCUGAUGAACGACGAGUUGUCCAAAGACCUUGCCGAAUCCGAGCAGCCGCCGCCGGUAAGAGACGCCACGACUAGUGCCGGGAAUGAAGGAUACGUGAAUUUUGACGAACUUGAAGAAGAAGAAUUUAUAGGAGAAGAGUUUUUGGACAAACCUUGGGAGGACUCGGAUACGGAACGACCGGGUAAUGGGCUCGAAUUUGACGAUGUGAAUGAUCCAAUAAACGAUGAAUCGAAUUCCGUGUCAUGUCCGAUUUGCCAGACAGCUCUGGUUGGGCACAGUGAAUCUGAAAUAACUGUACAUGUGAAUGAUUGUUUAGAUGGAAAGCCCAGUUUGGCAACCUCUCCUCCAAAAUCGCCACGAAAACCACUAUCACCAAUACCAGCUCCCCCGCAACUACCUCGCAACACGAUUGAAAGCGAUUCUUUAAAGCGAUCGGAAAGAGCUGCCAUUGCACGGCCCGCCCAGCGCGACCCAUAUCCUCAGAAUGCAAGCAGUGGAGGAUCUGCUUCUGCUUUCUCCAAAAUGAUGGCCGGCAACGCAGAGGAUUCUGCUUGGGCAACGGCUUCUUCAAACGAGGUCUCGUCUCGUGGCAAGCAGGCUUACCAGAGGACUUGUCCGUUUUACAAGAUUCUCAAUGGAUUUGCUAUCACUGUCGAUGCCUUUCGUUAUGGGGCAGUCGAAGGGUGCAAUGCCUAUUUUCUCAGCCAUUUUCAUAGUGACCAUUACAUUGGACUCAGUAAGUCUUGGUCUCACGGUCCUAUCUAUUGCAGUCGACCGACGGCCAAUUUGGUCCGGAUGAAGCUACGAGUCGACCCCAAAUGGGUGGUUGACCUAGAUUUCGAGACACCCACAGACGUUCCCGACACAGGCGGCGUACGAGUUACCAUGAUCCACGCCAAUCACUGCCCGGGUAGUUCACUAUUUUUGUUCGAGAAGAGCUUCGGUAACGGACCCAACAUACGAAGAGAACGCAUCCUUCAUUGUGGGGAUUUCCGAGCAUCUGUAGACCAUAUUCGGCAUCCACUCCUUCGCCCCGACCCCAUUAACCCAGUUACCGGGAAGCCGCGGCAGCAACGACUUGACAAGUGCUAUCUUGAUACAACAUAUCUCGACCCGAAGUAUGCCUUCCCCAGCCAGGAGAGCGUAAUCACUGCCUGUUCUGAGCUUUGCGUCCGCUUGAAUGACGAAGUUGGCGUCGGUACCGACACGAGCCAGGUCAAGGUACCUGGAUUGAUGAGCAAGUUCUUAUCUUCCGUGACCACCAGCGAUCGCAAGCAAGACCAAGUCUCUACCGGCGGUCGUGGGGGUCGGUUACUUGUCGUGGUUGGUACCUACAGCAUUGGAAAAGAACGUAUCUGCAUAGGAAUUGCCAAAGCCCUGGGGUCGAAGAUCUUCGCCACGCCGCCCAAACAGGCAAUAUGUGCCUGUUUGGAAGACCCGGAACUGUCGGAUUUGCUGACGAGUGACCCACGCGAAGCACAAGUUCAUAUGCAAACAUUAUUUGAACUCAAAGCCGACACACUGGCCGAUUACCUGGACCAGCUUAAACCGGCAUUUUCGCGGGUAGUCGGGUUUCGUCCUUCGGGAUGGACCUACCGGCCCCCCGCAGGUCGUGUGCUCACCAACCCCACGGUACCAACGGUUCUUCGUGGCGAACAAUGGCGAACCCCAUUUACGGCCCAGGAUUUGACACCACAGCGGGGGGAUUCGUUCCGAGAGCUGACCAUGUUCUGUUGUGCACUCCGCAUUGGAAAGGUCAUUCCCACGGUGAAUGUGGGGAAAGAGAAGGAUCGAGACAAGAUGAAGACGUGGAUAGAUCGGUGGGAGGGGGAUAAGCGCAAGAAUGGGCUGUUUCAUGCGAGUGAGUGGUAG